AUGAGGCGGAUUAGGUCGGUCUGUGCUGUGUGGGAGGUUUCUCUGUCGGACGCUGUUUAUAAAGUCGAGUUUGAACACGGAACAACGACUGGGAAAAGAGUGGUCUAUGUCAACGGACAAGAGGUCCUGCGCAGGGACUGGAUGUUCAGACUGGUUGGGUCUGAGUCCUUUCCUCUGGGACUCACUGGGACCAAAGCUGUGAUCCAAAUCCAGGCUCUGGAAGGUUUCUCCUAUGAGUACUCUCUCCUUGUGAACGGACUAACGCUGCAGAAGUUCACCCAGAACCGGAGCAGGACCACCCAGACCUGGUUCCUGGUGCUGGACCAGGUCCAGUACCGCAUGGUCUUUGAGAAGGACACACUGGACGUCUGGUGUAACGGUCAGAAGAUGCUCUCAAACUCUGAGUUUGUGGAGGACGGUUCGCAGACACGGUUUGUAAUCGGAGAACAUGAGAUUGUGCUGAAGGCCUUCACAGAGCAGCAGCAGCAGAAGGGGAGGAGAGGAAUCACAUACUGCCUCCUGGUGGACGGAGCUGUUAUCUGCAGCUGA